GGUUGGCGGAAGUAAUUUGGAAGUGGGUUUACACCUGACGUCACAUCUAACUGAUGUAUCAGCGACAUCAUCAACCCGUUAUUUGUCAAUUUCAUUACCUCUUUGGAAGGAAAUAGGAAGCAAUAGGAUUACUCUUUAGACAAUUAAUGAUUUCCCGCUUCAAAUGCGGGAUUCGGUGGGCAUUAUGGCGAAAAAUGGAUCCACGACAAUGCUCAAUGGGAGCAACAGAUGGGCUAAAGGACUGAAAGAAAUCAAAAGCAAGCUUGAUGCUGAGUUCAGGAGAUUCACCAUUAACCCCAACAAGGUAGCAACAUAUGAAGACUUCUAUGCAUUCCUGGAGCGUAUGCACCACCUUGGUGACAUCCCUUUCCUGGUGGGGUACACCGACCCUCAAGGUGACCUUCUCCCUAUCAACAAUGAUGACAACUAUCUCAAGGCUCUCACUUCCUCCAAACCUCCCCUCAAAAUAGUACUACAGAAAAAAGAUGAAGUCAGUGAAGCAGACAUUCAGUAUGGAACCACAAUACCCAGGAGAAAGAACAAAAUUUCCCAGUACCUGGUUUCUCAGUCGCCUAAGCCUUUGAAGCCCUUCAAAGCCAUCGGCCUUCCUCAAGAUUUCAGGAGAGUCUCUGCCAUCAUAGAUGUGGACAUUGUACCCGAGACUCAUCGCAGAGUCAAGCUUCACAAACAUGGCUCGGACAAACCCCUCGGAUUCUACAUCCGGGAUGGAACAAGCAUGCGUGUGACACCUCAUGGACUUGAGAAAGUACCAGGAAUUUUCAUCUCUCGCCUGGUGCCAGGUGGUCUUGCCGAGAGCACAGGUCUCUUGGGGGUCAAUGAUGAAGUGUUAGAGGUGAACGGUAUCGAGGUGUCUGGGAAAACGUUGGACCAGGUCACGGACAUGAUGGUUGCCAACAGUGCUAACUUGAUUAUAACAGUCAAACCUGCCAACCAGCGGAACACGCUGUCCAAGAAGAAGCCAUCGUCUCUUGGGGUGUCAUCAUCGCUCUCGCAAUCGAUGGCUAGUCUCGGCAGCUUGGAUGAACUCAGUGAUGAGGAUGAGGUCCAGGACCAUUCCAAGAAGCCCACAGAGACAGAUGGCAAUGGCGAGGAGAAGGGAAAAAAGUCGGAAGAGACAAUGAGCGGGAAGACAGAGAUUAAGAGUCAUCGGGGAGAGGGGGAUAGAGAGAUCACAAAGGGCAGCAACAUUUUAUCACAACCUUCAGAGAAGAUCAAGCAACCCCCGGAUAAUUCCGAAACAAAUGCUGUCAGUGAUAAUGAGGAAUGUACUCUAUGAGAAAACCUUUUUUCUAUAAACUCACUAGUCAAGACUGAGAUUUGUUGAAUGUGUGUUGAUGAUGGCCAGUUGUGAUGAUUGUAACGAUGAACUAUGCAGCAGUUGGAUGUUUGGUACAGAUAAAGUAGGAAAUGACAUCCUUCUUGAUGGACAAUCUGGGCUAUUUGGAAGAAGUUUAUGCACCAUAUUUAGGAUGCCAGAAUGGUGUGUUCCCUGGAAUCAAAGGAGAAUGAAAGUUCUAGACAGAGGACAGGUGUAGCUGAAGAGGCACCAGUGAUAACAUUCCACUCGCAGUGAACCUUUGAAAUAUGAUGUGACAGUUUGGUGGAUUGUCAUCCAAGUUACUGGUAUACAGUACUAUCAGGCAAGUUAUGAGGAAGUCCAAUAUUAAAGACUGGUCAUGGAGUCAUCAACCUGACAUCCUUGAAAGGUGUAUGCAACAAGAACACUGGCAAAGGAAAUUAUUCUAUAUCCAUAGCGAGUCACAAGUGAUGAAUUUCGCUCAUUCACAUAAACAGAUGAUGAAAAAUUGCUAAUGUAUAUGUGGUAUUAGAUUGAUAUGAAAAUUUUAAUUAAAAAAAAAGUUCAUCUCAAUGGUCACUGUUUGAACAUUUGACACAAGAUUAAUUUUUUAUUGAUACUACAAGAUGUGUAUAUUUUAUAUAUUUCCCUGUUGCUUACUGAAUGUAUGUACUUGCUAUGUGUGUAUAAGCUACAUUAUUUUUCCUACCCUGGUAUUAUGAAGUAUUAUAAAAGCUGUUUUUGUUACCUUAUUUUUGUUGAAUAUCAAAGUGACCAGUCCAUUCCAAUGUUUUCUUAAUAAAAUGUAUAUUUGUAUGUACAUCUUUAAAUGUGGUGUAUACUUUACAGUGUACAGGUGUAGGUCGAUUUAAUUGGGUCAUUUGAAUAUUGACCAUUUGUAAAGCAAAUGCCUUCUCUUGAUAUCCUUCAAAAGCUAAAUAAUUUGUCCAUUUAUGAUUAUUUAGAUUUGUUAAGAACCCUCAUUUCCAAAGAUCUAGUUGAAUAAUUCAAUGAGAGAACUGUGUUGAAAAAAAUUGAUUGGAAAUUCAUCAAAGCAAAUCAAAUUAUUUGAAUCAUCAAAACAGAAGAACAAAGAGAGAAAGGGGGUUCUAAUUGUUAUCCAAAAGCAAGCAAGAAAAGUAAUCAGAAGCAGUUCAUCAAAGAGAACUGUCCACAACUUUGUUGAAAAUGAUAUCUUCCCCAAUGGCCAAACUGCUUUUCAAGUUUGAAUAGUAGAAUUGUACCCUGCAUUAUAUAAUUUUGGUGAUCAAAUAAUAGCAUUUUAUUGUUAAUGUUGCUGAUAUAGUAUGCUUACAAGAUGCAGGGAAACAUACAAAGAAAAGAGGGGAAAACAUUGUAUUUUAGACUGUUAAAUAAAUUUGGUUUCUAAUAACUGUCAGUACAUAUUUCUGAAAGUACUAUAUCAUUGUUUCAAAAUGUUUGAAAUUUCCAUCCAUUCUUUGGAAAUGAAAUAGUAUGUAUUGUAAUCCAAAAGAAUUGGUACUGGUAAAAUAUUGAAAUAUACAGGUACAUAUCCAAUAGAGCAUUCCGAUAAUACUUAUUGAAUGGUUAAUGAAUUUGCAUUACAGCAUAUUGUAGUACUAAUAUUCUAUAAUUUAUAUUUUAAAUGUUCAAAAUUUGUAAAUUAAGAACUGAUAUUUGGACAUGUAGGUUUAUAACUUUAUUAGUUUAUAGUACUUUUAAUACUGUAUUGAACUAUUGUAUGUAUUCAAGAAGUUGGUCACAAAUGUUUAAAGAUAAUGGUUUCAUUAAAAAACAAAUUAAUAUUUUCUGCUUAUCAAUUAUCACAAACAUUAUUUUCCAAUAAAUGAAAUGAGAAUUUGCUUAAUGUAACAUAUCUUUGGAAAGCUAUACUCCGAAGCUGCUUCUGCCAGAAAUUAUGUUGCCAUGGAACCUUUGAAGAAUUUGUACCUUAUUUGCUAUAGGUGUAGUUGUACAUCGGACUGAAACCUGCCUAUACAUGCUAUUCCUACAUAAUAAACAGUGUGUGAAAUAUGAUUCCUUUGAUUUUUAGCUGAGAUUAGAAUUUCAAAAUAUUAGCUGCUAGU